AUGCAUCAAUACAUUACUCAUUUGAUUUUGCACAACAGAUACAUGUACCAAGCAAUGAUUGAAUAACCAUGGACUGGGAGAACAUCAUGCACAUCUUUAUGCGUACAAUUGCACCGGCCAAAACGAAAACAGUUUUUUCCUUUGGUACCUGACAUACAGAAUUUUGCUGAAACUUCACCGCUCAAUUACAUACUCUUUUCUAGUAGCAGGACACACAAAGUUUGGUCCUGAUCAAUCCUUUGGCUUGAUUAAGAAAGUAUAUAAGGUGACUCAUGUCUCUUCAUUGUAUGAAUUUGCUAGAUUGGUUGAGACCUCUAGUAACAGUGGCUUAAACAAAGUACAGCUGGUUGGAACCCAUGAUGGUCGAAUCAUUGUUACUGUACAUGACUGGGAGUCA